UAGUCAUUUGGCUAGUUAGGACCCAUUCUCUUAAAUGAUGACCUGUUGUUCGUUAAUCGUAAAAUUGUUAUUUUACGCUCUAUUUAUUCUGUUUGGUUUGUUGUUAAUCAAAAUUCCAACCAUCGCAUGGCGUGAAUAUGAUACAAUGAUGGCCGAUUGUUGGCAACAUACCAAUCAAUCUUCAACUAAUGAACAAAGCAUACACAUUGUGGAAGGUAUGUUGUUCACUGACGAUGACAAUGAUGAUGACGAAAUUCAAGUGUCCAUUAUCGAAUCAAAUCUGAAGUCGGCAAAGCGAUGCCGACAAGAGAUGCUCGAUCAUCUUCGAUUUGAUAUUGGUUUGUCAUGCAUGUUGAUGACAUUAUUAUUAGCCAUCUUAUUGCUUUCCAUUCGAUUGUAUUCGAAAUUAUUCUGCUGGCCAAACGGUGACAUCACAGAAUCGGAAACAUUUAUCUCUUUCUCAAGCGCAGACAAAAGAGCUAGACAGAAGGAAAAUUAUCAAUAUAUAAUGCCAUAA